CUUCACUUUGGCAGUUCCGCUUCGUAAACUAUAAUAUUUGUUCAAAGCUUUUCGCAUAUUGCUUUAAGACCUGAAAUGAGCAUCAAUCGUGUGAAUGAGCACGUUAUGUGUGCGUAUGUGUUAAUGGGUUGAGUGGGGUUAUGGUUUUGCGAUUACUGGUUUGGACUCGUCAGUUACUCCAUUGCUGAAACGCCAGACACAUUCUACGGAAAUUCCCUUCUACCGUUGUAGUGAGCAGGGCUAUCAUUGAAAACCGGGUUUCAUAUGACGCUUGUAUUUUUGUAUAUUUUCUCUUUCUUCCUUCUGAUUAAAAAUAGCACCUCUCAAAAAUCCCCACGCUGUUAAAUCCAAAAUGAGGGUCUCUGCAGUCAGCUGUACAGAACGCGUUUGCACUUUUAGUGAUACAGUUGGAAGCGCAACCGUGCGCCAGUGUUAUAUUAAACAGAUCAUCAUCAACAAAUAGAAACACGAGGGAGGGGGGAACCAGUGUGUUUUACAAACAUUCCGGCAAAAUGCACGUAACCAUUCGCAUGUGUAGCAGACAAGUUGGUGGAACAUUUGGAUUACUGUGUUUGGGAUAUCUGCUUAUAAUCACACAAAUGAUUGUAGCAUCUGCUUCAUCUGAAGGAAAAACGGCCGCGGAAACACCUGAUGCACCGUAUGAAACACAAACGGCCCAAUGUACGAUCACUUCUGGGGAUAUUGAAGCUAGUGCACAAGCUUCAAUAAGCAAAACCCUUGUAGGGGUGUGUGGAACAGGUAAACGUUUAAUACCACAAAAAAAUAUACGGAAGAAGUUGUUUUAUAUAUCUAUAAUGUUUAAUUCGCCAGACGAGAUGCUGGAAGCAUUUCGAAUGCUUGAGAUUAAAAUGCUGGAAGAGAUAUAUAAUCUUCGCAAGAUGAUACGCGACCCCUAUUUUAACCCCCCGCCGCUGCGUCCGUCCAUUUACAAAUCAAUAAGAAAAUCGGCAACGUCAUCUAAUACAUCGUCCAACACAACAUUACCCCAGUCUAAUGCGGAAAGAUCCGAAGGAUCACGACUUACCGUCACAGAGUCCAACAAAAAGUCUGAGCCUACGAUACUGGCAACAACAACCCCUUCUUCGAAAGUUGUCUUUCCUGAUGACUACGACGACGAGGACGAAGAGGACAGCCAUGAGUUUUCCAACAAUGGCCCCUUGAAGGAAAAUAGUGAACUUGUGAAGAAACUAUCGUCCACCGGGUUGAACAACACUUUUUCAGCGUCUCGCAUUUCACUCGAUGAUAGAAUGUCUUCGCCAGCAGCUCCACCGAUCGAUUUUAAACCCAUCGACAAGCCCAUCGAACAGAAGUUCCUAACCGGAGGAUUGCGAGAUUAUGAGGUUUACCGGUUCAACAAUACCGUGAUAUCUUCUGGAGACGCAAAGGUAUUCAAAUAUUUUUGGAAAAUAGAACACUUUAUGCAGCGAGUUCGUUCUGCCUCGAACAUGGUAGGAGCUACCUUCUCCAGUCCGGUGUUUGUGAUUUCUGGUUUAAAUCUUCGACUUCAUGCUAAAAUUACAACGAAAUCCGUUGGCGAAAUAUUGAAUGUACAACUGGAGCAGCUAUCAGCAUCGGAUGAGGCAUUGCGGAAAACUCCGAACGUUAUUCUAGCUUCUGGCGUGCUCUAUGGACAAAUGGAAACACAAAAGUUUUUCCGUCAUAAGAUAAUGAUCCUUAAUCAGGAUAAACCAUUUAGCGAUUUGAUUUCAACAGAUCUUACCAAUACUAAUGCGAAAUUUGAAGCUCCGCUAACAGCGUUAACGGCUGAACCUUACCUUAAAGAUGACAAGUUGCUAGUAAAGGUUAUAAUUUUUCUGUAGGUGAAUUUAUGUAAUUAAACAGAAAGUAUACGAACAAGCAUGGGAAAGAAUCGAACAAUUUGUUGUUAUACAAAUAUAUUGCACCGACAGUGAUUAAAACCAUGUCAACACUAA